UUGUGUGAAUCAGGCGAAUCGAGCAUUCGCGUGGAACGCUUUAGUGAAUGUUGGGAGGUAGAUAGUUAGAUGACUUUCGACAAGAUGGCGUAAAGUAUGUGAAUAAAAUAUGUGAACAGUUUCUAGAUAAAUGAAAGCGGAAGUACUGGACAAGUGAUCAGUGUCCAUCGUCUGGUAAAUACAGCAGGCGACUUUCCUCACCAUCUCGAUAAUCUACGUCAUCAAACGGAAGAAACCCGGGUUUCGUAAAUCCGAGCCACAAAAAAGAAAAACUCACGCCGAAUAACAAACUACAACUGGCCUACGUCUGCAAACGCUCACAAUGGUGGUAGAGAAAAGAAACGUUAUGUAUCAAUGCAAAGUGUUCUACAUCGGUUGUGGCGCACCGAGCAAAGAACACAGAGGAGUGGAAGCCCUCCAGGAGCCUCUUAAAGAACGAUACAGAGGUAAUGUUUCGUCUGUCGAAGGUUAUGACGUCACGGUCACAGUGACGCCAAAUGAAUUGUACGUACAAUACUCGAACGACGCUGAACCAGAAUUUAGCCUGCCGAUUCGCACGCUGUCAAUCUGUGCUGCUGUACGCUGUGUCGACGAUGCCGCUGAUUCCUCAAACAUGAAAUUUAUACCUGUGCAUUCCGUUGUCACGGCGACUGAGCCCGAUUCGGAACACCCCGCAAUCUUCGCAACGGUAAUGCGACGUAGCCUUGACGGCGAACAACAGUGUUACUCAUUUAUCUGUAAUUCUACUCGUGACGCUCUCCACCUUGUCAAUGCUACACAAACAGCGCAUACGGCAUUUACCAGGGGAUUCAACGAAACAGGCGCCAUGAAAUUCUUCAUUGAUAGGUCUACCGAGUUUGAUCGCACUUUAAGACUGACACAGGCAAACGCUGAGAGAAGAGCUGACACCAGAAAAAUCUAUAUGUACCAAGAGGACUAUGACACAAGGCAAUAUAAUGCAGAUACUAAAACUUACCAAACAACCGUAGAUAACACUUCACUGAGACGCGUAAACCGUGUAUCGAGAAACUACAAUGACGCAAACGUUACUUUAGAGGGCAAUACUUAUUACGUCAAAGCUGGUGAGGUUCGAGUCCCAACACCGCCGCCAACACAACAUUCGGAGACGGUUUUCGUCAAAUCAAGCGUUGAACAUAUGAGAGCACCAACACCACCCCCUCAGCAGACGAUUAUUGUUGAUAAACCAAUAAUAAAUCGGCCGCAAAAAGUGGAAAUCCCACCACCUAAAAUCAUUGAACGAGAAGUUUUUAUCGACCCUCCCCCGCCUCCGAAAAUAGAUCAGCAAGUGAUUUACGUUGAUAAACCAGUUUUCAGGGAAAUGCAAUGGCCUGAUCCACCCAAACCAAAAGUGAUUGAGACUGAAGUGAUCAUUGAGCCACCUCCACCACCUGAACAGAAGCCCCAAGUGAUCGUUGUUGAUAAGCCGGUAGUGAAGGAUUGGCCUGAACCGCCUCCCCCGCCUCCGCCGCAAAUUCAAGAGGUUCCCGUUUAUCUUGAACCCCCACCAUGGCCAGAACAGCUUCCGCAAAAGAUAGUGGUAGACAAACCGAUUUUGAGGGACUUCGGACCCCCGCCUCCUCCACCGGAACCAAUAAUAGAAGAAAGAAAAUGCUAUAUAGAUCCACCGGAGUACCCUGAACAAAAACCACACAAAAUUGUGAUUGAGACACCCUGUUUCAAUCCACCAAAGCCGGCACCGAGACCUCCUACACCAAUAAUUGAGAAGAGAGAGGUCUUCAUUGACCCACCUCCCUUCCCGAAGCAAGAGCCUCAAAAGAUUAUAGUUGAAAAGCCAAUUAUUUCACCUCCAGGUCCGUGCCCACCUCCGCCUAAACCAAUUAUAAUAGAGAAGCCUGUGGAAAUGAAGCCGAUGGUUUGGCCGCAACAAGAGCCUCAGCGAAUCAUCGUCGAAAAACUUGUCAUGAGAGAUCCGGGUCCGCCCCCACCGCCUCCAAAACCAAUCAUUAUCGAGAAAUUAGUCUACUGUGACCCGCCUCCGUGGCCAAAGGUAGAACCUCAAAAGAUAGUUGUUGAAAAACCAGUGUUUAGGCCACGUCCACCGCCUCCAGUACCUAAGCCUAUUAUUGUCGAGAAGCCUGUCUAUAUUGACGCUCCCGAGCCUCCACCCCCGAGGCAACAGACUAUAGUGGUCGAAAAACCCGUGCUGAGGAAAACCUACGGAGUGUCUGAAACUAGACGAUAUCCUUCUGUAUACAACUAUCACUACCAACAGAAGCCUCCAAAUGUACGCGGAUCAUACGUGGUAACUACGUCACCUACGCAGACACGUGGCCUCCGUCGUUACGCUUGGUCCGAGACUGGCGAGGAUCGCUAUCGCUCUGGGUGGGAUUAUAAUGCUGACAGCGGCGGAUAUAGAAUUUAUGGUCAACCACGGGACUUCAGACAGAAGCAGUUUAUGAAUGAAAGAGGAUUUAGCCGACGGAUUAAUGAGGAAUUUCGCCAUACAAAAGGGCCGAGCUCCUACACUUACGGGAGAGAGUAUAGAAGAGGGUCCGUCAGCAGUUAACAUUGUAAACAUGCGGUACAUUUAACUCUGCCAAAUUUUAACGAAAUUUGAGAAAAUGCUUUAUUCUUGAAUAUCUUAAGACCGUUUCGAGAUUUUAACUUCUACACAAUGCGUAUGUAUUUUCUUUUUCUUUUUUUUUUUCUUUUUCUUUUUUUUUUUACUUUUUAUGCUUUUUAACGCUUUUAUCUACACUUUUAGUAUUAUAUGAUUUAUGAAAGAAAUGGUAUACGAAAAACGUUUUUGAUAAAUGCAUAAUAUAUUUGCACGGGUGAUAAAUUAUCUAGGUUAAAUCAUAUAUUAACAUUUGAAUAAAAUGUAUAUUUGAAUGGAUGUAAUGAAUGACUGCCUUUAGAAAUUAAACUCAUUACGCGAAAAUCAUUCCAAACUACAUACAGUAAAAAAGUCAAGGGGACACAACUCUUAAUGAUUUAUAUACAUCUCAGUCCAGAGUAAAUAUAAAUGCAUGUUACAUUGGGACUAUUUUGAAACACGGAAUAUUUGAAACAUGUGGUUUUAAAAGACAAGUUCGUGCAAUACAGUUUGAAGAAACUCCGAGGAAAACAUCUGUUUGUUAAUAUAGACACGGACAUUGAAAUUCCACGAAGGAUAACUCUUCUUGAAUGUUGUAUGGGUAAGACGACCUGCAAUAAAUUUGUGUUACACGGAUAGAUGCAUACUCUUUAUAAUGAAUAUACAUGAUAUACACGUAUUAUUGAUAUUGUAGAUUAUAGUUGUACGUUAUAGUUGAACUGAAAUAUAUCUAUUAUUUAUCUGUAACGUAAUUACCUGGUUAAUCUGUGAUGGCACAUCAAGAACACGUAAACUGUAAUACGUGCAGAACUGGCAUAUAUGUUUUAUACAUAAAUAAUUUGACUCCACUGUGUCACAUGACUUGUUCAUGCUAUUGUGAUUUACACAGUCAGCAAUUCACUGAAAUAACUUCAUACAAUACUCAUUUCGAAUUUGACUUUUUUUUCCUUCAGAAAGUAUACACGAGUUUUAUACAUUUAUUCAUUAAUGCAUAUCAAUAAUUGUCACAGCAUUUACUUCUACUCUGCAUAUGAAAAUCCCCUCCCCCGCCAUCCGUUAUCCAUCCCUUCCCACUGCCAUCCCCCUCCCCCUUCACCUGACAAAAUCAUAUUUCCCACCGCCCUCUUACCCCACUCAUCCCGACAUAAUCCAAUUUCCCACCGCCCUCUUACCCCAUUCAUCCCGAAAAAAUCCAAUUUCCCACCGCCCUCUUACCCCACUCAUCCCGACAAAAUCCUAUUUUCCACCGCUCUCUUACCCCACUCAUCCCGACAAAACCCAAUUUCCCCCGUCCUCUCCUCCCAAAACCCAUUCCCGACAAAAUCCUCCUGGUCAAUUUAACCAAGGCGGACAAAAUCCCCACCUUUGAUUUUGUUGAAUGAAAUUUAAAAAGAUUGUAGAAAUUUAAAAGUUACAAAGUUUUGAUAUGAUAAAAUCAGCAUGUCACAACAUAAAGCUUUAUUACUUAUAUUUUGCAAUCGAAUAUUUACUGUAUGUGUAACACAGCAGGUAACAGCUUUUGUCUUACAUUUCGAAAAUCAAAUACAAUAAGCCUUGAACAUUGCAAAGUAUAAUUGUUAUACACUGUUCACUUUAUCUAUCACUGGCUUUCUGUUUUCAAAUCAGUGUAUUGUUUUGUUAUUUAAUUUUAGAGAUUAGAAAUUUUAAAGUUAUGUACAUAUACAGGUAUAUGAGAAACAUGCAAAAUGCCAACUACUUUGUGCAACAAACGUUAUUUUUAUUGAAAUAUUGUUGCGCUGCCGUAUUUUUCUGUUACUAUAGGCACUUUUAAAAGAGUUCUAUAGGGGAAUCAUCUCUUUGUUAUACACCAAAUUUAUAAUAUAUAUGUACACGAAAAUAGAUUAUUUCUUUAGAUAAAA